AUGGCAGCGCUCCAGCUGCUCCUGCUGCUGCUCUGCUGCAGCCCCCAGGGCUCGGGGGUCUCCUCUCCCUGCUGCCAGCCACCGCCGCUGCUGGUCAGCUGCUGGGGCACUCACGGACAGGUCUUUCAACGGCAGGACAACGAGCGCCGGGUCUCAUGCCUGUGGAGCAGCACCAUGAACCUGCAUUACAAGCCUGCCCUGGGAGCAACGGCCAAGGUAGAAAGAAAAGCGGGGUGGCCACAGUCCCCACCCCACUGCUCCUGGUACCUGAACUCGGCCUGGGUGAAGAACACCUCACGCUGGUCCGGCCAGGUCACACUGCAAACAGGCCUCCUACCGGGAACUGAUCCUCCACCCAUGGGCUUCAGCCUUCUCACAGUGCAGUGCUCAUCUGCUUCAUGUGCUGCACCCAAGUGCUUCCAUCACAACGUGAGCAUCCAGAUGGCUGCCCAGGAUAUGCGGCUCUUUGUGCUUUGGCCGCAGACACACCUGAUCCUUGUGUGGCAGCCAGUAGAGCUGGGCUGGUGUGCUCGUCUCAAGAGUGUCAGUUGGCAGUACCGCUUCAGCAGCCAGGGAGGCAGCCCCUCUACCUUUCUGCUUCCCAGCAGUGAGCACCAAGAGACAGUACCCCUUGAUAUCUACCCAACAGCUGAGUUGCAGCAGACCUGUGCCACCUACUACAGCUACCGUUUGACUGUGCGCUACAGGCAUCCCGGGCUCCAUGUUGCUUCAGUCAGCAUUGAGCAGAUGCCUCAGAUAAGCAUCAACAUCUCUCUCAAGGUAGAGCCUGACUUACUGCAUGUCCUCAGCAUCAGCUCCAAACUCCUUAGUGUUUCUCAACAGCCACUCAGCCUCUCCUGGAGGCUUCAGCCCCUUACCCUGCAGGCACUGGCCUACAGACUGGUGGACACACAGGCUAUGGGAGAUUGGGUCCAUUCCUACAGUGCCUUUACUUUGCAGAGCAACUUCUGUGCUGUUUCCACACCUCAGAGCCUGGGUGAGGUGGUGGUGGCCAGUAUUUACUUUCCUGUUGAUGGAAAGAGGUUUGAGGAAUUGACAGGAGAAAUACAUCUACUCAAUGGUACUCUCAGUCUAACUGCAGGCAAAGAAACACCCACCCAUGUCAACCUUCAGCCAGGGAAGACCAACACUAGCACAUACAUUUUCAGGUACAACCAUGGAACAUUUUAUGCAACCAAAGAUAACCACAAUCCUAUUUACACAGACAGCGCUAACACACACACGGUGUUCUACCAACACAAGGGUCUCUCCUACUUAUUCUCCAUAGAGUUUGUGGCCUUCCAUUUUUACAAGUUCAAUAUGUAUCUUUAUAUAAAUCAGAAGAGGGCUUUGUUUAGGUCCCUAGCAGAAAGAGACCUUGAAGUCCAUGUUUUCAGCAGCAGCCAUCCUUUUCUGCAGAGCUUUACUUAUUUAGUGUGGUUUAUCCCUGCACAACAUCCAAUGCUACAGUGUGAGUGGACCUUCCACCUGCAGAUUUUUGGAACACAAAAAGACCACCUUCUCCAGAAUAGCACAUACACAUACAAUGAUCAUGUAAGAAAUGCCACACGUUUUGUCCGUCGCUCUGCUUUACCGUUUGAUGCACAGAAAUAUACAGGGUUUGUGGCAAAAGUGAACUGUACCAGAAGUGCAUUUACACCGGCUCUUUUAAGAGCCAGAGUCAACAACUAUGCUGCAAAAACCAUAGAAGCACCGGUGUCUUGCCAGGAAGAAACCUGUCAAAUACACACCGUACAGAUACAGAGACCUACUCUUUAUGCCUCUGUCAUGCAUCAGAAAAGGGCAUCAACUUUCAUUCUGUCUACCAACGUGAUAGCAGAUUGCAAAGUUGCCAGAAUGGUUAAACCCCUCUGGCAAGUCUAUCCUCUUCAGGACAUAAACACUAUUCCAGACUGGACAAACCCAAUGGACAUUUCUUCAUUAGAUGGUAUAGAAAAGAUACGCUUAACAGUUCCUGGAUUUACUUUAGAUUAUGGGCUGUAUUUGUUUAAUUUCACUUUUGCGAUAACCGUUGCUGCUACCAGAGAAGUUGUCAAGGAUUCAGAUGGGAUUUAUGUUCUGAUUGAGAGAAGCAAUUUAGUGGCAAAUAUUGCAGGAGGCAGAUUCCGCACAGUGGGUUUUCAUGAUAACUGGGUUCUCAAUGGCUCUGCAUCUUAUGAUCCUGAUUCAUACACAAAGGAAGGACUAGUGGGAAUCACAUUUACUUGGUACUGUACUAAAGAGGAGUCAGACUACAAAAACAUGAAAAUCAGCCCAGGAAAAAAAUGCCAUCCAGCCCAGAGUGAUCUGAAAUGGUUAAGAUCCUCAGGUCCAAUUCAAGCAAUACUACCAGAAUCCCUCCCAGGAAACACCAUAUACUACUUCCGUCUAGUGAUUCAAAAGGAUACAAGGAUGAGUUACGCUGACCAAACUGUGAAUGUGCAGCCUGGCUCCCAACUCCUUCUGGAUGUGACGUGCCUCGAAAACUGUGGGAGCAGUCUCAUUCCAACAGAGAGAUUUACCUUGUUUGGAAAAUGCCUGAACUGUAGAACACACAACCAGCCAGUCUACUACUGGUCCCUUUUUUCAGAAGACUCUACAGAAAUUAGUUUUGACUGGUCUUCCAGAACCUCAACGGGGAGACAUGGGACUUACCUAUCUAUACAUGCUCUGACUUUUACAAAGACUGUACAUCAAUCCUACAUACUUCUGUUAAAAGUAACUACCUGGGAUGGUAGAUCCUCCAUCUACAAGUAUGCUUUUAAGAUAAAUAUUCCUCCUAGGUCUGGCAAAUGUACCAUCAACCCACGCUUGGGUACUGCCUUUCUGACAAAAUUUGUUGUUCAAUGCAGUGGGUUUUCUGACAGCAAUUUACCUCUGACAUAUAAAGUGAUAGUAGCUUCUGACAAAACUACCAAAAUAACUUCUGUGGAGGAAAAUACAUUUGGCAUAAUUAUGUACUUUGGUUAUCAGCCUAAAACUCCUCCAUCGUUUCUCCCCAUUGGAGUGCCGUCUCAGAAGUACAUCUUGACACUUUAUGUUCAAAUCUAUGAUUCCCUUGGAGCAUUUAAAGAAGUGAAGUUAUAUGCCCGCGUGCGGAACCCAAUUGACAGUCGACCAGUAGCUGCUGUGUUUCAUGAACUGCUGGCCUCAGUAAGCGGUUUUAGCGCACCAAUGACAUCUUAUCUCCAGACUGGAGAUUAUUUUAGUGCAGGAUAUUUGGCUUAUCUGACAGCCUCAGUCUUAAACUAUAUUAAAGCCACACCAACCAUCCAGCUCCAUAACGCUCAGUUUCGGGAAAGCCUGAUUAAAAUAGCUGUGAAUAUUUCAGUUGAAAGCAUAAUGGAAAUCAAUCAAAUAGUUGCUUCUCUUUCUCAAGUCACAGACAACCCUGGUGAAUUGAACUUCAGAUCACAAGACCUUGCUGUUAGGAAACUGACAGAAGUUACGGGAUUGCUGAAGAUACAGAGGAACAAGAAUCACUGGUCUGAAGAAGCAGAAAUUCAGAGUAGUGGAAUACUAACAUGCUUGUCCAACAUCCUGAGAGCUGCACUUCUGCAUCAUAGAAAUGUCAAUGUAGGUGCAGUUAAACAAGUCUUCUCCAUCAUGGAAAAUUUAACAGACAUAGUUCUCCUGGGCAAAGUCCCUGGAGAAACAAGUACUCUAAUGGAAACAAAAGACUGGAACAUCACUCUGAAGAAAGAUGAAAAUCUCAACAGUAUAAAUGCUUCUUCUACAACAAACACCUGCAGGAACUGCUUUUAUCCAUCACUGAAAAAGGGAAAUUAUUCUGAAUUUCCCCAUAGUGCUGUGAUUUCCACUGCCCUUUUUGAGUUUGAUGAGAACCCCUUCCCCUGGUUAGGUUACACAACAGAAAUCGCAACAACAGUCUUCGGGUUCAAAAUGGCAGAGACAAAGCCUAAUGGGGAUCAGCUAGGGAUAGUGCCUGAAGGAGCAGAAAUUACAAUUGCUAGAAAGGAUAAGGAAUCUUCAACUUUUCAGUUAACAAUGGGACCUGAUAAGACAGAAGCUUACACAACUGGAGGAUUUACUUUAGAAGUCAACGGAAACACCAAGAGCAUAUACAUCCAGAUCCUGACAAAAUUAGAAGUUACUUUCAAGGUUCUAGUAUUUACAGGCUCCAAUGUCACUGGUGCUCAUCCCGUGGCUUCGUUUGCUGCUUCUCACAACAUGCCAACGGUUGCAAGCACAAUCGAGACAGCCAGUGCUGACUGUAACAUCAAGGCUCCCUAUAUUAUCUGUCUCCCAGAGUCACUGUUGACAGCCACAGCUCAAGAAAGUGGAACCAACACUCAGAACAUCUCUGUUGUCUUGAUGACAACCUAUUUCAUAAGGUAUCAAACCCAGAGACUGGUGAGCAUUUAUGUUUUUAGUGAUCAGUGCUUGUUUCUGGAGGGGGUUCUACGUCCGUGGAGAGAAGACACGUGCAGGCUUGGCUCCAUGACCGACUGGCAGAAGAUACACUGUGUCUGCAAUAUGAAGCAGCGUCACAGAAGCCUGUCAGUCAACACUGCAUUAAACACAUCCACAUUUGACAUCAGGUUCCUGGCAGCCAAAGUAAUAGUUACCCCCAACACAGUAGAUCUGGGGAAAAUCCUGAUAGCAGACAUCCAUAAAAAUCCAGUGACUCUCUUAACAGUGCUAUUUAUUUUUGCCACCUACUUUCUUUUGUCUCUCUGGGCCAUAAGAAUGGACAAAGUUGACAGGGUCAGCAAAAACAAGAUUGUAGUUCUGCCAGACAACGACCCCUUUGACAAAGUGAGCUUUUUGGUCACUUUAUACACAGGCAGUCGCUGGGGAGCUGGAACCACAGCCGAUGUCUUUCUCCAGCUCAUCGGCCAGAAUGGCAUGAGCGAUGUCCAUUGUUUACGGCACCCACAUUUUCCAUCUUUCCAGAAAGGAAGUACGGACUGCUUUCUGUUAACUGCUAAGGAAGACUUGGGAGACAUUUGUUGCCUCAGGGUCUGGCACAAUAACAAGGGCCCAUCUCCAAGCUGGUAUUUAAGCAGAGCCAAAGUUGAGAACAUGUCCACUAGGAAGACCUGGUUCUUCAUGUGCAGGAAAUGGCUUGCACUCGACAAGGGCGAUCAUUUAAUCGAAAGGACAUUUUCUGUGACAAACCCCAAGACACCGCUGCCCAGAAUCGACUAUUUUGUGAUUAAUCUUGCCAACAGCCUAGCACAGGGCCAUCUGUGGCUCUCCAUUUUUGUUAAUGAUCUCACUGGCACUUACAGCAGGCUCCAAAGGUUGUCUUCAUGUUUAGCAAUAUUGUUAUUUAACCUGCUUGUUAACAUCAUGUUCUUUAAUGCUUUGAAGAAUGAAGAACCGUCAGUACACCUGAGGUAUUUGAGAUCAGUAAUACUAGGAAUUGAAUGUGCUUUGCUAACCAUACCUGUGGAAAUGAUGAUAAUUGCCUUCUUUAAGUAUUCCCAGAAGGAACCUCUUCCUCCUCGAAGCAAGGGAGCUCCAUGGAGGAAUUGCACUCUUCCUGAAAGAGAUGCAAAUGUAAUCAGAACAGAAGAGCAGACAAUAACUGCAAGUUCCCCUCCAGAGGCUGAAGCCUGCCAGAGAAGGCCACCAUCACAUUCCAGUUUUAGUCAGAACUAUGCAGAAGCAGGUGGCAACGCUCAGGAAGAAAGGAAACCACCAAGCACUGCCUCCAUGCUCCUUCACAAGAGAACACCCAUCAUUUUUAAUUGGUGGUGUGUCUAUGUCUCAUGGGCACUAGUUACAGCUGUAACUGGGGUAUCAUCAUUUUUCAUUGUGUUAUAUGGUUUGUCUUAUGGCUAUCAGACUUCACUAGAGUGGCUUAUAGCAUCUGUAUCCUCCUUUAUUGAGAACGUGUUUUUCCUUUCAAUCCUAAAAAUCAGCUUUUUCUCAGCAGUGCAUACAGUUCGCCCAAAACACUGUGAAAACAUCCCAUGGUUAACUCAGGGCAAGGGCUGUGAGUUUAUGUUGCCUAGAGGAACAAUGAGUGCUGAUGAGAAGAGAGAGAUGCACUUGAAACUGGCUGAAGUCAGAGGCAGCAAGCACUACAGGCCUUUAGAUGCUGAUGAUGUAGCAAAAAUGCGUAAAAAAGCAAAAAUUAAAGUCAAGGCAUUUCUUUUCACCACAGGUUUCAUCAGUCACCUUGUCUUUUUAACACUGCUAUUAAAUUUUGCCUAUUCUGACAAGAACACCAGCAUUUUUCGCUACAACAAGUUCAUACAUCACCAGUUCUCUCCACAACUUUCCAGUGCAGAUAAGCAAGAAGAUAUCUACAUGUGGGUGAAAGACGUGUUCUUGCCUUUGAUCCACAAUGACAUUCAGCCAACCUUUCUUCCCGAGAGCUCAUCCAAAAUCAUUGGUUUGCCCCGUAUGAGGCAGGUGCGGGCUAAAGCAACUGAGAAAAAAUGUUUCCAUCCUCACAGCUUUGUAGAUAACUCUGUGAUAAGGAAAAGCCACUGUCGUCACAAGUACGGCAGCGACAUCCCAGAAACAGGUGACUAUGCUGGCACUUGGACAAGAGUUGCCAACCAGUCUGUUUCCAAAGAUGCCAGCAGUUACAAUGGGUUCCUGUAUGAGCCAAACAAGACUCCAUGGAUGUAUUAUUCGUAUGGAGAUUUGUACACGUAUGGACCUGCAGGAUACACAUUUUACUUCUUCCCUGAAGAAGGAAGAUCUAAUUCAACAACAAGGCUGGCCACUCUACAACAGAACAACUGGCUUGAUGAAAAGACAUGGGCUGUGAUUGUUGAACUAACUACAUUUAAUUCAGAUGCAGCUCUCUUUUGUACCAUCUCAGUCAUAUUUGAAAUGUCUCAUUUGGGGAUCAUCAAACCAAGUUUGUCAGUCCACUCUUUUGCGCUCCCAAUUUUUAAUCAGCAAACCAAAGCUCAGAUGUUUGUGUCUGCAAUUCUUUUUGCCUUUCUGAUCAUUUACAUUGCAGAGGAGCUUUAUGUCAUAGGCCGAGAAAGAAAAGACUAUAUGAAAAAAAUUUCCAAUCUAAUGAACUUUGCCUUAAAAUUGGCAUUCCUCCUUCUUUUUCUUUUAAAGGGCAUAAAGUUUAAGAUGGGAGCAGAUAUGGUGAGCUUUUACUUACUUCACCCAAAUGAUUUCAUUUAUUUUCAUGCAGUUUCUCUUUUAGAUCAGUUUUUAAGGGGUACAAUGGGCUUUUUAGGAUUUCUUGUAAUUUUGAAAACUCUAAAAUAUUCUCAGUUCUUUUAUGACAUGGACCUGCCACAAAGAUCGCUCUUGGCAGCCCUUUCUGGAAUCUGCUCGAUGGCCAUCAUCAUAAUGUUGUGCUUCUUUGUAUUUUUGGCUUUCGGCUACCUUGUGUUUGGUCAGCAUGAAAAGAGUUACAAUAACAUGAUUCACUCAGCUCAGACCAUAGUCUCUUACUGUGUCUCAGCUUUCAGAGAUACCGAUUUUUCAUCCAACAGGCUGCUAGGUGGCCUUUUCCUAGCCUCUUUUGUGGUGGUGAUGGUUUGUGUCUUUAUCAAUCUGUUCCGAGCUGUCAUUAUCUCUGCCUGUUUAGAUAUGAAACAAUCCGUAUAUGAAGAACCAUCUGAUGAAACACAAAUGGUUACUUUUGUAUUGCAAAGGCUCAGAAGGAUGUUGUAUCUUCUGAUCUGUAAAAAAUCCAAAACCAGUGAGACCGACCUUCUUGAGAGAAGACGUCGGCGACAUUUAGGACUCAAGAGCAGAAAAAUACAUGGAAAGAAAAUGGUUUAUCUUGUCAUAUGA